AGAUGCUGGGGGAGUUGGUGGCUGGAGGGGCCGAGGGGCUCGUCCUUCUGCAGGAUUCGGUCAGCUGCGAAGGCCGCAGCUUGCUGAAGAGCUUUGUGGCAGCUUCUGCACAAAGGGGCGAAGCUGUUCACGUCCUCAGUUUUGACGUCCCGGAGGAAGAAUUCAAGGCUGGAUUCGGCACUGAGGUGACUUCCCGGAUCUCGUUCCACGAUGCUUUCCGGGAUCCCCUUGGCUGGGCCGGCGAGGAUGGGGGCUUGACCCUGGGAGAAUUCUCGGCGCCAGGACUGGUGGCGCGCCUGGCCCCGGCGGCGCAAGGACCUGCCACGGUCGUGCUGGAUUCGCUCAGCUGGCUGCUUCUCCGCUUGCCGUUCCCUGGCGUCUGCCAGGUCCUUGCACAGCUGCCUCGGAGGGCCAGCCUGGCCGGCCUGAGAAUCACCAGGUUCGUGACCCUCCUCCACGGGGACCUACACCAGCUAGGACAGCUUGAAGCGCUGCGUGCCUUGGCCCGCGUUGUGGUGACUCUGGAACCAGCACCGCAGGCUCUCACUUGGGGGGACGCUGCUCCCCAAGUAGCUGUGACCUGGCACAGGAAGAGAGGGGGCAAAGUGGUCCGGAAGAAAGAAUAUGUCACGGUCCUCCCGGGUUUUGUCCUGAAACACCUCGGUGAGCCGCCACAGGAUGGCAUUUCCAGAGAGGAAGAUCCGGAAGAGGGCAAAGUCCCUGCUGUGGCUGACCCAACGGCCAACUUGACCUUCAACCUGCGCCUGUCAGAGGCUGAACGCCGGGCAAAAGAGUCGGUGCCUCUCCCGUACCACUUCAGCGAGGAAAAGAAAUCCUCUCUGCUGCAGACGCCAACCAGCCAGGGCAAGAUCUAUUAUGAGCCAGAUGCUGCAGAUGACAUUGACGACGAAGAUCCAGAUGAUGACUUGGAUGUAUGAGAGAGAGAUUGGGAGCCAGGCUUUAUUCUAGCAGAGGCCCUUCCUGCCUGGCUAGCCUUCUGCCCUUAAAAGAGAUUCUGCAAAAUGGCUGGACCUGGACCAUUCCAUGGCCUUCCCCAAACUGCAUCUUGGUAGCCUCCGUUGGGAUCUCCCACCGUCUGCCUUGGCUGGUCCAUCUCAGAGGGGAAAGAAUUGAUCAGCUGCCUGGGAAUAGAUUUGCACAGCAGAUUGAAUUGAAUGUUCCCUUGGGCGGCCUUCCCCAACCAGCUGCCCUCCAGAUGUAUCAGACUACAACUCCCACAAUCUAGGGUUGUAGUCCAACACAUCUGGAAGGCGCCAGGUUGGGAAGCGGCCCUGGAGAGAGACAACAGCCCAGUCUGAAUGUUCCCUCCAGGGUUGCUGGGAAUUGUAGGACUUGUUUCUGUGUAAACAUGGAUACGUUUGCACUUUCGUAAGUGUUAAUAAUAAUAAAUACUGACAUUCUUAAUGUACAUUCUGUGGUGAUUUACAAUACAAAUUAAAAAUAAGUACAGUA